AUGUUUUACACAUUUGCCAACCUGCUUGUGCUUUGGUAUAACGGACCUUAUAUUUACCUAUCUAUUCACAUUCAGAGGCUUCAGGCACCAAUGUCGAGUGAAGCUCCUGAUGCUAUGCAGCUGGAACAGAACCCAGAUGCUAUCCCCGAAGCAGGUGACGGCGCUGACCAUAGUGGACUUGAUGACGAAACUUAUCGUACACUGCAAGCUUUCAACGUCGCUGCGCAGCAGGGAGAGAGCACUGGAGUUGAGGCGGAACUCAGCCAUGAAGAAACUCACGAAGCCUCGAGUGUUGCUGGAGGAGAUGGGACAGGUGUUGAGAGCGCUUCUGGUGACGACUCACAGAGUGACGCUGAUAACCAGAGCUACGACACAGCUCCUCGAGAUGAUGUCUCCCAAAGAGACGAAGAAACCACUCAGGUCGCAUCCCCCGCCCCCUCCGAGCUAUAUGUCGAGACAAAGGAGUGUCUCUACUGCAGCGACGAGCUCCCCAUCGACAUGAUUUUCGAAGCUCCCUGCUCCCACGCAAUGUGCCAGCCAUGCCUAAUUAGAAGCAUUCGAACGGCGAUCAAAGACGAGUCCCUCUUUCCACCUAAAUGCUGUGGACAGGCUAUUCCUGUGGACACGACAAACACAUUCAUCCCAGAGGAGUUGUUGACUGAGUGUGACAAUAAACGUGAGGAAUACGAAACAACCAACCGCACGUACUGCAGUGACAAGGCAUGCUCUGAAUUUAUACCUCUGCGUACCAUCGAAGCUGGUAUUGCCCGCUGCACUCGCUGCGAGACGAGGACAUGCCUCAAUUGUCUGAGCGACGCACACGAGGGUACAUGUACCGACGACCCUGAGUCACAACGAGUUAUUCGCCUGGCAGAGGAGCAUGGAUGGAGGCGCUGUGAACAGUGCAAGAACAUGGUCGAGCUGACCCAUGGCUGUUUUCACAUCUCUUGUCGAUGCGGCCACCAGUUCUGUUACCUAUGCGGGAGACAAUGGAAGACCUGUAACUGUCCUCAGUGGGAUGAACGUCGCCUCACGGCGAGAGCAGGAGAACUUGCUGCUGCACGAGCAAGAGCACCAGCACCAGCACCAGUAGCGCGACCCGUUCAGCCCGUUGGUUGCCGCCACCGAAACUACAGGCCCUUUGACCGUGUGGAGGGUGAAGAUGAGUGCAACGAUUGUGGGAGUGAGAUGCCGCAAUACAUCUUUUCUUGCCCAAAUUGUGAGCUCGUGCUUUGUCGUCGAUGCCUCGAGGCUCGCCGAAACCAGCGAGGUUGA